AUGUAUAUCACUGAUUCUCUUAUACAAAUUAAGAAAUCAAAUAUUUUGAAAUCAAAAUCAAUGCUUAUAGAGUAUAAACAAAAUGUGCAAUCUGAUAAUAAGAAAAGAAGUAGAAAAUCUAUUGUAAUUGAUUCUGAUAUUAAGGUUAAAAAUGAAGAUAAUGGUAAAGAGAAUAAGUUGAUCUUAAGAUUUAAUAAACUUAAAUACUGGGAGAAGGAUUUAGUUCUUAAAGAGCAUGAACUUGUUUUAAGGGAAAGUGAAGCUAAAAUUCAUAUAGUAGAAUUGACUAAUCUUGAAAAAGAGCAUCAAUUAAAAUUAACUAAUACUAAUUAG